CAAUCUCUUCUAUCUCUUUUUCAAUCCAUCCCUCCAGCAGUAUGAGUACUUGUUCUCUCCUGAUAUCUCCUCAUAUUUAACUUCAAAAGUCUUCAAACUCACCAUCACCCUUUCUUCAUAGCUGUAUGCUGACAUGAAGAGCGCAUUAAGAUAUAUUUUUUGCUGGAGACUACAAAGCACUUAUACAGUGAAGUUAGAGGGAGGGUCUAGAUGAGCUCCAGGAAACUUAGCAAUCACCUCCAUGGAUCAUAGAAAAACCCCCAACCCCAUUUUCCCUCUCCUUCUGCUCCUGAUUGUCUCCUGGAUGUGUAUUGGUGGACCAGCUCGCUCUCCUCUUCUCCCCAGUCAGCCCUUCUUGAUUCUUUGGGCUGUACCAAACAGGGACUGUCUUGGCCGCCCUGACCCAGCAGCUUUUGGGAUGGAAUGGGAGGGACGUGUGGCUGAAUUUUACGAGGACUCACUGGGUCUUUACCCGUAUUUUAGUGCAGAGGGAGAGCCUGUGAAUGGUGGCCUUCCCCAGCACACCAGCCUGGAGCACCACCUCCAGAAAGUUGAAGCAGACCUCAUAGCAACUUUGCCACAGGCUGGGGCACCUGGGCUUGGGAUGCUGAAAUGGAAGAAAUGGGAGCCGCAGUGGACCAGAAACCGGGGUAAUCAGAGGAAGUAUCUCAGGACUUCGCGAGCAUUACUUCAGGGUUUUUUCCCAGACUGGAGUGCAGACGAAGUGGAGAAAUGGGCUCAGGUUGACUUUGAAGCAGCAGCCCAAAUCAUACUCAUGGAGACCUUGAAAGACCUAAAGAGACUCCGUCCACAGAGGCUGUGGGGCAUGGCUUCGUACCCGAACUGCUACAACUCAGAUUCUACUCAGAUUCUGCUGGAAAAUUACACAGGCCGCUGCUCUGCUGUGGAGAUGGCACUAAACAAUGAGCUCAUGUGGCUAUGGAAGCAAAGUGAUGCACUUUACCCCAUCCUUGCACUGGAGAAAUUUCCUGAAGGGACCAAGGGCGCAUGGCUUUAUGCAUCCAAUCAAAUUAAAGAGGCAUUAAGAGUGGCCGCUUUAGCAGGGACUACAUUUGAGCUUCCUGUUUAUCCACUGGUCAAGAGUACAUACAUCUCCUCCAGUAGCUUUCUCUCUGAGGCUAAUUUGGUGAAUACUGUAGGAGAGAGUGCUGCUAUGGGUGCAGCGGGAGUUGUUAUCUGGGACAGAUUCCUUCCGACUAAAACACAGAAAUUGUGCUUCGAUCUUACAUCUUAUGUGCAAGAGGUUCUGGGCCCCUAUGCUGUCAACGUAACCAUGGCAACGCGCCUUUGCAGCAUCUCACUUUGCAAGGGACUUGGCCGCUGCGUACGCAAGAAACCAGAAGACCCUGUCUACUUGCACCUUCCUCCUGCCCACUUCCUGCUACUGCACCAGGGAGCAGAGGGUGUCCGUGCAACAGGGCAACUCCCCCCGAAUUACCUGGAUGCCUGGAGACAGAACUUUCACUGCCAUUUGUUUGAGGCAUUGGAAGGAGCAGCUGCUGAUCAGGAGUCAGUUGGGAUUGAGAGUGGUGGUCAGAGGCCACUGCCCACAUUAAAGCCAUCCAAUAUUGCUGCUCAUACUGUGAGGACAGGUCAAACUGUAGGGAUUGAGAAAACACUUGUGCAUAGUGAGAAGACAGUGGCUCUCAUAACGCCUGCUGAACAAGAAACAUCAAAAAGUGGAGGCCCCACACAAUUCGCCACCAUCAUUCUUUUCUGUGUUCUGUCAUUCUUCAGACUCAUAAACUUUGACUUCUAAAUCUUGCUUUAUGACAGAUGGGGCUUACAAGAGGAACCAUUUGGCCUUGAUCUUGUUUGUUUUUUUGCUUGAAUUGUCCAUCAAAACUAUCUAUAACUUCUAUAUAAGUUCAAGUUCAAGUUUAUUUCUAUAGCACUUUCCACAAUGGACAUAAGUGAAAGGAAAAUUGUAGAGAUGGUAGCAAAGAGAUGUCAAGACAACGAAGGCCUGAACUAAAUAAAACUAGCUUAAACCUGUGCUAGUGUGGAUCUAUAAUAUUUGUGUUGUGCUUAGGCUACCACAAAAAAAUAGAAAAAAUUAAUCGUAGCAUGUCUUCCUGCUUGAAACCAAGAGACAAGUGUAGUAAAUUAUGAGUCACAACUCAUAUUACCUCUAUUCAGCAGAAUAUGGUGCAAGAAGACAUUUGGGAAUGUGGCAUCCAUGUAAACAGUCGGGUUUCUCCUGGGACAUUUCUAUAUUCAUAGCUUGUGCUGGCACAUGAGGGAACCGUACAUUUUCGACAUUGUGACGGAACGUGCCAACUACCAAACAGCUUCAAGUUAUGAACAUUUGGGGACAAGGUCAUAUGUGUUUUGCUUUACCUCAAAAAUGAGCGCUUGUGCAUGAAAAGUAAUAAGACUGCUGCUUUUAAUUUGCAUGUGUAAGCAAAAAAGCAACAUCAUCAAUCAUGUAGACACCACUGUCAGUUCUGUGACAGUUGUUGUCUAUUUGUAUUUACUGAUAAUCCAUUACAAUACCUUUCACACCUUUAACAGCACUGGACCAACUUAUACUCCUACAGUAGCCUAAAAAUCUAUUAAGCAUUUACAUAGAAAUCGAAGAGUUGUGACUUUCAGUUGAAAUGUGUUAUUCCAGAAAGUUUAUUCAGUAGCGCAGACAUAAUAAACAACCUCUGAACACUCUGACCUUGCUUAACUUAGUGUAUGGCUGCAAUGCAGAUUUCAGCUAGAUGAAAGUCAUGUAGUCAUGUGAUCACACGAUAACGG